AUGCUCAGGCGACCGGUGACUGGCAGCGCCAGCUUUGUUUGCUUGAGGUGCCGGCUCCAGUUGGCAGGCGCUGCAGGUUCAGGUUUUCUGUCAGCUUCGGGCACCGGCGCAAGAGUCGCAAACCGAUCGUCGAGAUACUUUGGAAGUCGACCUGUUUCUUCGCUCCCCGCGCUGUCCAGGCAUACCGUUUUGCCGCUUUCGCGUCAACGAUCGCAUUCACGAUGCUACGCUGCUGGUUCUUCGUCCGGGUCGAAACCGAACUCUGAAGACGAACCCGAGAUCACGACGGAAAAUUUCUUCGAAGUCGAGGUGACAGAAGUCAAGAAGAGGAAAAGAAUUCAGAGGAUCCUCGAGCCAGCCCCAUGGGAACUGGAAGCUGCCGAGGAGGAACAAAAGAGAAGCCCAGAGGCUAGCGGAGAGAAAAUCCAGCAGGAAAUCCAGCAGGAUAUUGCGCGGGAAAUCGAGGAGUAUGGCCAACGGCUUUGGAGUGAGGGCCUGGUAGAAGACCAAAGUGAUGGCGGUUUCGAAAGUCCAGAGAACCCACCCGCAUGGAGCGAGCACCCACCCGCGCGGAGGGACAGAUCCAGAAGAUCGGGCGAACAUGCCGCAAACAAGAGCAUGUACUGGCCCUUUCCUCAAUUCAAAGACUCGAAAGACUCGAAAAGCUGGAAGUCCAAGGGGCAACUAGUCGAAGCUGAAAGGGAGAACCUGGGGUUGGAUAUGCUGGGCAAGCCAGCGACUGCAAUCGUGCUUCGAAAAAAGCCCCUUAGGCGACUGGAAAAACUCACCACGGGAGGCGAAGAUCUAGAGCUGGGGCAGACGUCGGCUAUGUUGCAGAAUCUGCUUGAAGGGGGCGCUGGUAGUCUCACCUCGGAGGAAAUACUGCUCAACAUUCACGAGCUGCGACCGGCAGACGAGCGGGUGCUGAGCGAGGAGGAAUUUGUCACGCUCAAGGAUACUCUCAUGCAAGGUUUCACGGUUCCCCAACUCAACGCAUAUGUUGAGACGUGGAACUCGGCCCGCCAAUUCAAAGAUCCGGGAGAUGCCAACACGACAGUCCCUCCCUGGAUUUUGGAGAUCCGCCCAUGGGUUGCGGCCGCUGAAAACACCACGCCAGAUCUGGAUGGAAAGCUUUGGGGUUACGUUUCCCAAGGGGCUCCUCCCAAAGAGAAGCUGGUGGUGCGUUUGAUGCGCAUGUGCUGGGAUCUGUCGUGCAGCAGUGUUCUCGAGGGACAAGGCUACUUGGAUGUGAAGCUGCGAAAGGCCGAGUUUGACAUGCUGACCCUUGGUGGCAAGAGGUGGUUAAGAGAUAUCUCGCGCACCCUGUUGAAAAACGGAAAGCAGAUUGAGAUGUUCCCCAGCUCGCAAUACCUUUCGAUCACCGCACCCAAACACACUGCUGACUUGAUUCUCGACCGUCUCAACCAGCUGCUGUCCCACAUGAAAACAGUUCAGUUCAACGCCAGCUUCAUCACCCCAGGGCCUCUGGCGAUCGAGCCGGCGGUUUUGAAUCAGGUCGAAACCAUGACAAACAGCAUUAUUCGUCGUAGCCCGUCCGGCGACAAGAUCCUCGUCACCUGGAUUCAGCUGCCUGGACGAGACGCAGUCACCGAAGACCACGGCGAGCAGGUGCUCCGUCUGUUGAGCUACGCCUACCGUGAGGACCCUCGUGCUUCUCGGUCUCUGGUUGAAACCCCCGAGGCUUCCUCCAAGGCUCGCUUUGUUCCCGAGGUGGACUGCGGUCCCAAGCUCCCCUGGCACGAGCGUAGCAAGUCUUGGGCCAGAUGGACAGCCGCCACGAACAAGGUCCCACCAAAAUCAACACGAGCAACCAACGAUGAGGAUGUUUCCCCCCCCGACCAAACGACAACAACCUCAUCCACCAAAAACCCAAUCCCCACCUCCAUCGUCACCCACCCCGUCGAAUUCAAAGACCGCACCGAAGCCCUCCCCGUCAACAAAGCCGACUACUCCCCCGGCUGGUCCCUCCACCCCAAAACCGACACCACCGCUGUUUUUGGCCAUGUCCUCUUCUCCUCCGUCUCCCCCUCAACCACCGCCCCUCCGGCUCCCGAUCUCCCUCGAACAUUCGCCCCUGUCCUGCCCUGUGUCCGUUUCCUGUCUCUCGAAUCCAACCUCAAAAACCCCGGGCUCUGGCACAUGAUCACAGUCCUCCGGUUCAUCCCCGCCCCUGACACCGACCCAUCCCUCAUCUCUUCGGCCCCCAACUUGGAAGUUCGCAUCGAGUCGGACCACCGCGAGAUCAAAGAACUCAAGGACCUCCGCGCGGUGAUCAACGACCACGACGCCGACCUCCCCCUCCCCGAAUCACCCUCUGACGUGAGGCUUCAUCAGACAAAGUACUAUGAUCUCCCGGGGACAGGGAUCAAGGAGCACGCCGAGCCGAUGUUUGAGUUCCUCAGGGACAGCACGCUUAAGCCGUGGGAGGAGAAGCUGGCGACACCGGCGAGUUUGGAUGGGUUGAGGUUGCCGAGGAGAUUGUUUGCUGGGAAGGAAGGGGAGGAAGCGGAGGAAGGGGAGGUGGAGAUGGAUUACAUGUUUGCGGGACUGGAGAUCCAUCGGAUGAUCAUGAGUGAGUGGGGGGGUUUUAGGAUGCGGUAUACGCAUGUUAGCGGGGGGUUUCGGAGGGGGGUGAGGAGUGAGGUUGCGUUGGAUGCGGUGCCUGUUGAGGCUGCCAAGGAGGGGGUUGUGGAAGAGGGGGUAGCCGAGCAGGAAGAAGAAAGGUUCCUGGCAGCGGAGGAGGUUAUGGGGGAGAUUGGGGAGGGGGCUGAUUUGGUGGAGGCCAUCGAUGAGGCUCUGGUUAUGGCUGAGCCGGCUGAGAAGCCGGAGGUCAAGGAGAAGAGCGUGGAAGAGUUGACAAGGGAGUAUCUCGAGGCGGUGGGGAAGUUUGCGAGGGGAGAGGCGCUGGUUGGGGAGGAUGGGUAG